ACAAAAAUUCCGUUAAGUCUACUGUAUUGAGAAAUAAUGUCAAAAAAUUGUGUAUUGGCACCGAAUCGGAUGACAAACUAGUGGACACAUCGGUGACGACAGUAUCGCCGGAAGCAAUAAAUAUCUCCAAAGAGAUAACCGACGCCUCGAUGGCCGCCAUAGAAGAGGCCGAACUUAUUAGUGACCAAAUUGAAGAAGUUUUGCAUCAAAUAAUCAUUGAUGGCUAUUCUGGUACCAAAAAAUCGCUCAAAAAUUAUAUUUGGAAUCAGAUCGAUAAAGUCUUACGAAACGGAUUUAUCAGAAUUGAAGAAUUGAGAAAAAAAGUUUUUCAAAGAGUUGAUCCAAUGAAAAGAAAUGACAUGAAAGUUGGCGUUCAAAAAGUAAUUCAUAAAUUUAAGAAAGAGCUACAAAUUAAGGCAAAACAAGCCUUUGAUGAGGCCGUCAACUAUUUUGAUGGCUAUAAAUCCAUUUACGAUGAUUUAAAUUAUAACAUUGAUAUCAACAUUAUUAAGACCUCAUCCAACCAUCAAUUGAUUACUUCAGCUAACAUUACAUUCAAUUGA